UAUCAACAAAAACAACAUUCCGUUGGUGUGUGCUGCUCGGUUGAGGUCGUGUUGAAUGCCGCAGUAGGCAUUCGCAAAAAAAAACGACAGAAUGUUAUUCAGAAUAUUUUGUGCUUGGUGUAUUCUUAUGAGGUUGCCCGUUACAUGGACUACGGAGCGCCAACCAGCGCGCUCAUUCGCGAUCGACUAUGACAACGACACCUUCGUGAUGGACGGUAAACCGUUCCAGUAUGUGGCCGGCUCGUUUCACUACUUCCGUGCCCUUCCGCAGAGCUGGCAACCGAUUCUCCGGUCGAUGCGUGCCGCCGGUCUUAAUGCAGUAACAACAUACGUCGAAUGGUCACUGCACAAUCCAAAGGAAAAUGAAUACAACUGGGAUGGGAUGGCAGAUGUCGUGCAUUUCAUUGAGCUGGCCAUGCAAGAGGAUCUGUUCGUGAUCCUGCGUCCGGGGCCGUACAUCUGUGCCGAACGUGAUAUGGGAGGUUUUCCGGCCUGGCUGCUACACAAGUACCCGGGCAUCCAGCUGCGCACUAACGAUAUCAACUAUCUUCGCGAAGUACGAUCGUGGUAUGCUCAACUGUUCUCACGGUUGGCACGCUUCAUGUACGGCCAGGGUGGUCCCAUCAUUCUGGUGCAGGUGGAGAACGAGUAUGGAUCGUACUUUGCCUGUGAUCACAAGUACCUGAACUGGCUACGGGACGAAACAGCUCGUUACGUAAAAGGCGACGCGGUACUGUUCACCAACAAUGGUCCAGGGUUGGAAACUUGCGGUGCAAUAGAGGGAGUGCUUAGUGCACUGGACUUUGGACCCGGUACCGAGGACGAAAUCAAUGGAUACUGGACGGUGCUAAGGAAGACGCAACCGAAGGGACCACUGGUAAACGCAGAAUUCUACCCCGGAUGGUUAACGCACUGGCAGGAGGCACACAUGGCCCACACGGAUGCGAAGCUGGUCGCCGACAGUUUAGCCUUUAUGCUGAGUAAUAAGGUCAACGUCAACAUUUACAUGUUCUUCGGUGGAACCAACUAUGGGUUUACCGCUGGAGCUAACAGUGCCGGUUCGGGCGGAUACGUAGCCGACAUCACAUCGUACGAUUACGAUGCGCCGCUCUCGGAGUGCGGUGAUCCGACGGACAAGUACUACACCCUGCGGGACACCAUUUUACAAUACUUCCCAAGGCCCAACGUAUCACUGCCAUUGCCAACUCCAAAAAUGAAAAUUAAUCCCGUGGCUCUGUUUCCGCUUGGUAGUCUAUUGGAUCCCGUGUAUCGCGAAAAGCUUACCGCGAUCAACGUAACCAGCGAUCGUCCGUUGACGUUCGAAGCACUGAAUCAAGUGUCGGGGCUUGUGCUGUACGAAGCGACCAUACCGGACGAUAUUCGCACCGAUCCUUACAAACUGACCGUGGAAGGAGUACACGAUCGUGCCUAUGUAUUCGUCGAUAAACAGUUUAUGGGUGUGCUCUCGCGCGAGAACCUCAUCAACAGUAUGCCGAUCGGUCUGGACAAAGGGCACACCUUGAGCAUCGUGGUGGAGAAUCAAGGACGCAUAAACUUUGGCAUUGCAAACGACUUCAAAGGCAUCGUGGGCAAGGUGUACAUCAACAUGAAGGAAGUUCUCAACUGGACGAUGUACGGGAUUCCGCUGGAAGAAUUCAGUCAACUAAAACAGUCAGUUCUGGAACAUCGAAAGCAGGCGGGUCCGAAACGGACUGCCCGGCAUGGUAAAUGGGACACCGUGCAGCCAAUGGUUGUUUACUACGGUAUUUUUGAUGUGUUCACCGAGCUAGCCGAUACCUAUCUGGAUGCCCACGAGUUUGGUAAAGGGGUGGUGUUUAUCAAUGGCAUUAACAUUGGACGUUACUGGCCACUGGUUGGACCGCAGAAAACACUGUACGUUUCGCCGCAUAUCUUGAAACCAAAGGACAACUACCUGAUUCUCAUUGAGUAUCAGAAAGAGUCUGAAUCCCUGGGAACGCUGUACUUUACCGACGCUCCAAUUUUCAAUUAACCCGCACGAUCGAUCGAUACCUGGAUAGAGAUAUUUAUCGUUAAGCAAGGGUAAUCCCCCCACCGUGGUUUAUAUUCUAAAGAACGGCCACUUACCAUUGCAUCAUAUUAACACCACAUGGAUGCUAUCUAUGCCGUUUAUAGCACGUCUUAUCGCGAGGGGUCGAAGCUGAUGACCUAAUUAUUUUAAUCGAAUAAAGCGAAGCCUUUGCCACAUGG